AUUGUCCAAUCAAUGACUCGGCCACGGAGCACCACGGACCUGUGUGAGAGCAGUCUGUGACGGAGAGACAGAGGAGCAACAUCAACGCCGCCGUACGUGGAGCAUCACAGACAUUCACCGCAACGAUAAAACUGAAAGAACGUGACAUUACUCGAAAGAUAGAAUUUUUUUAAAGGCGUCCUCACACCGGUUUCAUACGCUUUGUUUUAAUGUUAUUUUUUGGACUUGAGGGGAACGACGAACGGGGCUUCACUGCGGCUAAUCAAUUCUCCUCUUCCAGACCUGGGAUUUACAAUGAAAAAUGUAGGUGACACAUUUUCUCUCACAACCCAGGAGUCAUAGCGAGGACGGCGAAGAAGAAAGCAGGGGGAAAAUGGUGACGGGUGCCGCAACAUCUAUAGGAUCAGCAUCCUCUCUGUGGAGCCCCUGCGUAAAAGAAACACAGUGUGGAAGCUGGUGAACAAGUGAAUGUGAACCUGUGAGAGAAAGAGAGAGACUUGCAGAAGAAACGGUGGUCGCCACUUUGGAUCUCAACUGGACCGUCCCUGCACCACAUGGAGGUUUCCUGGGGGAUUUUCUCAGCUGCUUUCAAAGCCCACUAACUACUCGUGCUCCUUUUCCACUAUUUUUUACUGUCUUGUUGUCGUCUGGAUCGUGAGGCUACAGACCGAUUCCUUUCUCGUCUACUGUUUUUGUUCCAAGCAAGACCGAAACCAGGUGCCAAACUGUGUAAAGAGAAGAAGCAAAAAAAUCUAUGAAACUAACCAUCACCAAAUCAUCGUAAAAAUAGUAGAUUUAGUCAUUUAGCUUUGAAAAGCAGAUUUAUUACCUAGAGUACAGCAUUAUUUAUCUUCCCCUCAACCCACAUGCACAUUGCCAACAUCCUGCAUCCCAUCCUUCAUCCUAUUUAAUCUCAUCACGUUCACCCCAGCCCAGUGAAGAGCUAUUUUAACAACACUUUAUAUCCAUUGUCUUCGGUCUGUGUUUGCAUAGCUGCUGCUUUUAAUGCUGAAACUGGGAGGCGAUGAUCAGUGCAUUAUUGGUUCAAAGUGCUUUAUAAACGGAUCCUCCAGCUUGCAGUUGUGUGUUGAAGAAGAGCGCGGUAGGCGGCGAUAACUCUGCUCCGACGCCGUCUGACCGCUCUAUGGCUUCGGCAGGACAGCGUUGACUGGCGGGCAACACAAGCUACGUCUAACCUGAUAAAUAUAGACGCCAGUAGCAUCACCGCUGCUGCUGCUGCUGCUGCUUUCUCAAAGGGUUGGAGAUAUAUACCGUCGUCUGAGUCUGCGCUGUAAAACACUGUUGACACCUUUGCUAUCUCCUUCUUCCAGUUGCUUAUAUGAGAGAAGCCUCUCACUCUGUGUGGUCUUCUGUUUCUUCCUACAUGUGGCGCUAAACAACCUGAAAGCCCCUUUAUCAAAUCCCAGUGACCUCUUCAAUGUUUUUGCAUUCUUCCUUAUAUUCUACUUAAACAAAAAAAAAACAUGCAAUUAAAAACCUUUCACUGUAUUUAUAUUUACUGUGGAGGUUUGUAUGAACAUGACCUGAAGCCAUACUGAACACCAGCCAUACAAACACCUUUUUCUCAUUUACAAAUGCCUCACAAUGUUACGGAUUUCUUCACCGGUGUGAUCUUCAAACACGUCAGUGCACAUUCAGGGAGUCAAUGAAAACACUAGUGACUUGAACUCGAAAUUCCAUACGUUUGGAUGACGGAACGGCUUUCUAAGGUGUUGUUUUUUUUUCUACCCGGGUCUUAACUAGAUCGUACCGAAUCUGUGAGCGGACAGCCUGCGGCGUCCACUGUGGCAGUGACCGUGUCGAGUUCCCGCUGUCGCCCCGUGUAACUCUGUCUUGACGAAUGAAUCCGGACAUUUUCAUGUCUGUUCUGUGGGCAGAACCUCGCUGCCCUGCUAGAACCGGGCCCAAGCCCUCCUUCGUUCUCUUUUGUUGGGCCAAGCUAAAUUCAGAGCAAAGACACUCACACAAGGGUAUCGAACGCACAUAGAGCCUCCCAUUUCUUUACAAAAAACUUUUUUCUUUCUAAUUUUUUCACCAGUUUCUUGCUAUUGAUCACUCUUUUGUGAAUGCCUUGACUUGCUCAUUUAUUGAUCUGAUCUCUGGUAGCUGUUGGAAGGAUUUGUUUUCUUAAAGAUUGGAUCCUGAUCUGUGUUCAGUUGGCAGCUUCUUUUGUCAAAAGUCACCGUCCACAACUUCUAAAUUCACCAUUCUACUAUAAUCCAAACCCAAAUUCCGAGCAUAUUGCCCUUUUACGAAUUCUCUUCCUCUAAAUCUUUUGAAAGGAAGUUUGUUCAUUGGCAAAUUGUGAGCAAAUUCAAAUUUCAGUCACAGCUGGUUCACUGAACCAAGCUGAGAUCUCUGAAGCUGCCAGCACUGUUUACAGACACGCAGAGCUCCAAUAUUUAACUUUUCGUGUAUGAUUUUACAUAAAACAGGACAACAGAAGUGCCAAACUCAAACAAGAACACAUCUAACAUCUGUUAAAAACUCAUCAAACGUGAAACAUAAAGUUUACAUACAACGCUAAAUGUUUACAGACUACAUUUUCCGUCGCACUUUCUUACAUGAAUCGUAACUUUUGUGCCACAAACUACACCAAGAAAACUCUUCAGUUGGAGAUAUGUUAGGACUCUUUUGUGGAGCGGUCAUUAUAUGAAAGGAGUCUCCUUUUAGUUAUAGAAAGUGUAUUAAAAAAACAACUUACUGCCUAUUUGGAAGAUUAUGAAUUUUAGCCUAGAGACUGUAAAACUGUCAACUGACAGACCAAAAUAAAAUAUACGACACCUGCUGCCAUAAAGCAACUACAUUAUUCUAUAUUUAUAAGUAAAACUAUUUAUACGUUUUCAUUGAACAACAGCCAUUCCACAGCCAGUUCGUACGGGGCCUAAAAAACCCUGAAAGACCUCAAUGUUUACAAAAGCUGCUUAAGGGAAGGAUUUGUAUAGCGAGAGAAUUGUUUACAUGACGCUGACUGAGUGAAAUGCCAAACACAUUCAUGAUACAUUGCUUGAACUAAGUCAAUCCGCUGGACUCCAAGAGAAAGCCUUUGCUCCUGUGCCGUGGUGACCGAACAAGAAGGGAUUGGUUCACCAGACGUUUCAUACAAAAGGUUUUUAUAAGUCAAGAAGCCGCCAUCUUGGAAAAGGCUGCUGACAAUUCACAUUUGGAGCGGUAUAUGUGAUUUGUUUUUUGUCUUUUUUUUUUUUUUUAAUGGCUCAAGAACUUUUUGCUAAAACAAUGAGAUCUACAACUUUAAGAGCGAUGUUUCGCCUGUCCCUCGUAAUCCUGCUUUUCUCCUGCCUCGCUGUCUCCACGUUAACCAUCACCACGAAGCGACGCACUGUUGACAGCGAUGUCAGGACUCUGACCGCCAGCAGCAGCUCCGCUGCAGCCGGGAAGAAGAGCACCGCCUUGUUCCUCCUGACCGGCUACAAGCCGCCGCUGCCCCCGCUGCCCUCGGGGCCCAAAGUGGCGACGAAAGUGGCCGAGGUGGAGGACGGAGAUGAUCCACCAGUUGUGGCCGAGCUCCCUCCAAAGCCCCUCCCUCAGACCAUGUUGCCGAGGAACAUGACGGCCGACGCCCUGAAGCCUCCGCUCGGUGCGGCCCAGGUGGCUCCACCUCCCAGACAGCUGGUAGAUGUGGACGUGUGCAGGGGUUACUAUGACGUGAUGGGGCACUUUGACACCACGUUCAACUGCUCCAAGGGCAGCUACAUCUACUGCUGCGGUACCUGCCACUACCGGUUCUGCUGCGAGCACCAGAGGAACCGGCUGGACCAGGAAGCCUGCAACAACUACAUCUCCCCCGUCUGGGCCGACCCACAGGUCCCCGUCACCGUAAACGCAGACAACAAGCCCGACCCGGACUUUGAGACGCUCCAGCAGCAGAACAGCAGCACGGCCUAUGUGAUCGGAGGUGUGAUCUCCUUCACGCUGGUGGUGGCUGUGGGCGUUAGGAUCGCCUUCAGCAAGGUGGCGCGGCGACCCCGCAACAGGGACAUCAACAUGCCCAGGUCACUGGUGGAUAUCUUGCGUCACCAGUCGAGCCCGGUGCAGCAGGGAGAGAGGAACAACACGGCAGCGUUGACCACCACCACCUCAGACGGACGAACAUCCAAAAACCACUACACCCCCAUCCUGCAGAGCAAAGACAACCGCACUGGGAACAUGCACCACCAUUUUAACCAGCAGGGGUCUGCCUCCAGCCCCAAACACUCUGCUACCAUCGAGCGUGGAGCCCGUAUGAACAACACCUCGCAGCUCUCCUCUGGAGCCACCCUGCUUUCAGGUAGCGGUAAAGGUCCCGGGGGUGGCGGCAGCAUCCUCGGCGGGAGCAUGAGACACAACAGCAGCCACCCGAACUUCUCCCACUCCUUCCACAACCUGGCCCAGCUGCCGCCGUCCUACGAGUCGGCCAUGAAACCUGAGAUCAACCGCUACAGCUCCCUGAAGAGGCUGGAAAAAGAACUCGACGAGUACUCCAACUACUACAACUCCAAGCGUCGCUCCAACAACGCUCCACCCUCCUUCCACUCCUCGCAGCACUACCUGCCCUGGGGAGGAGACUACACGCUGGGAUCCCGGGGCACGCUGCCCCUCCAUGGCUCCCGGCCCCGCCUCCACAUCCCUGCCUCCACCCCGAAUCCGUACCCGCUGCCCGCCCAGUCGCAGUACACCAGCUCCUCCUUUGACAGGCCGCCGCGCCGCGUCCGCUCCCAGGACCAGCUGCUGGCGCUCGGGGAGGGCAACACGCUGUCCCGCCUCUCCAAGAACCAGCAACACCAGUACUACAAAGCCAUGAUGAGCACCAGCAGGGGCCCCAACUCGCAGACGCUCCGCAGGUCCCACGAGAGGCUUCUGGUCUCCCCUGACCGUCUGGAGGACCGGCUGAUGAUGGGCCUGAUGACCGGAGGUGGAGGCAGCGGCGACCGAGCGGGAGGAGGCGGGAUGGUGCCCACUAUGGGCCGGCUCAGUCACCAACAGAAGACCCAGUCGCAGCAGAACAUCUGUGCCACGCCGUCCCUGGAGCGCCACCACAUGAUCAAGAUGAACUCUCACCCGACGCCAGGCCACGACCGCGACCGUGACCGCGACCGUGGUUCCGCCGGCAUGCCGGGGAUGGGCAUGCACGGCGGCUGGGACCCCCACGGGGGCCACGGCGGAGGCGGUGGAGCGGGCCACCCCAACGCCCGGCGGAUGGCUUUUGCCAGCAAGAGGCAGAACACCAUCGAACAGCUGCACUUCAUCCCCGGAGGCGGAGGAGUGCAGGGACUGCGGACUGGGAGUAAGAACGAGGUGACAGUGUGAGAGGACGGGGUAGGGAAAGAGAGAGGAAGAUGAAGAGUGCGAGUAGAGCGGUAAAGGCUGAAGCUGUGAAGAAGCUCAAGAGGAAUUCAGUGGGAAGAUGAAGUGGAGAGGUGGGCAGGAAAAAGAAAAGCUGGCUGCCUCCCAGGGCUGAACAAACAGACCCCCCUCCGUAAGACAAAAAGGUGGUGGAUGACAACAUUAAUCUCAUAGUGAGUAUAGACAAUUGAUUUUCCUCUCGUCACUUUGUGUUUUUUCAAAAGAGAAUAUUCAGCCAUUCUUCGAAAAGGGAAGACAGAAAUGUCCACUUAAAAAGAGCAAAAAAUAUCAUGAAUGCAGCUUAAAGGCUGCGGGUAUUCGCUGUGACUUUUAUUGAAGGAUACCCACUGAGUCAAAUGUGUUGAACUGUCCUUGAGUUUUAUUGCACUGUCCUCUGAGUCCUCGAGCAGCGCUGACAGAGAUUCAUCUGUCUUUAAAUCCACUGUGGAAGAUAGAGCGCGCAGAGACAGACGGGUAUGCUUGUCUUUGUAUUUAUGAUAAAGUGUUGCAAGUUGCUUUUGUAUGAAAUUUAACCUGAUAUUAAUAAUAAUAAUAUUAACAUUUCUGAGCCCUGUAAGACUUUGUGUAACGUAUGUAACCUUUAGCCAGCCAGUUUGUCACUUAAAGGCUGGGAAAUGUGACCUUUCUCUAAUUGUGAUUGGACUAUCAUUGAAGUAAAAACAUUGUCUGCAAAAAUAAUCUAAACAAGUACAAUAAGCUGUCAAUUGAUUGCCUUCAUGGCUUGAUUUACUCUUAAAAAAACAAAUUGAAAGAACGAAGAGCUACAUGGACACAAGCUGCUGUCUAAAAGGCCCAGUCACACCAGCAUUUUAACAGCAACUAUUUGUCUUUGAAAUCCAUUCAAAUGAAAUUGCAGCUACUGAGGAAUUCAACGUAUUGUCCCGUUUGCAACUGAGCUAACACCCCGUCAGUCAGCAAAAAGCUUGCUGGUUCCAAAACCUUUUAUCCCUUUUUUAAUAAAACACACUUUAUUGACUGAAAGCAUGUCAAAAUCCUGAGAACCAGAAGCCAGCGUGGAGACAACACAAAUAGAAAGAAGCACAGAGAGCUGUUGUGUCAAACUAGCGCUAGCAAGCUUGCUAGCAUGUUAGCCAUUAGCUAGCCCAGCGAGCAGUGACUCUGUCUGACGUGCAGAUUCAUUUCACUGUGCUGCGUUCUGGAGUGACCGGGCCUUCAACGUAAAAUCGUUGUAAAAUCUUUGUACAGUGAUCUCUAGUGGGUGUAUAUCAUCUAUAAAACAUUGUGCCGUGACCCUUUGCGUAAUAAUUAGUAAAAAAAGAAAAAAGGUUUUGACCAAAACAUCCCUCAAACACUGUUUUCAUUGUGAGUUUGUAGAGUCGAGGGUUUCUUUGUGCCUCGGAGCGGCAUUCAACAGAGCCUCCUGUGCUUCUACGACUUCCACAUGUUACCUGCAAGUUGAGCUGCUCACCUCGUGAAAAGGGAAGGGGGGGGGGGGGGGGGGGGGGGGGGGGGGGGGGGGGGGGGGGGGGGGGGGGGCAGAUGGACUACGAGGUGAGGGGGACAAUGGACACUUCACACCAAGGGCUAUACUGAAUUAUCUUUGUGUGUCUGUGCUCUGUACAGUGUCAGCUUCUCAUUUUCAUUUCCUCAGUGUCGGGAGGCAUGCUUGUGCAUACGUUGUUGCUUUUUUUUGGUUCUUCUUGUGAAGAGAAAAUAUGAACAUGUAAGGAGAUUCUGCAAAGCAUAAGGAACUCGUUUUUUCUUUUCUUUUUUUCUGGCUGUGAGAUGGACCUUUCUCUUUCUGUCAUUGGGGCUGGAUCUUCCCUUUUUUAUGGGGUGAAAGGGACUCGUGAGGCCUUGCUGGAGGUCUUCAGCCUCACAUUGACAAAGACGGACAUAUAUUGAUUACUGAGCGAAGCUUCCUGCCAGCCAUUUUGAAUCUUUUCCAACAACACAUGUGCUCAUGUUAAUGGUUUAUGAUCAUACAGUAUGUGUAAAGAUCCCCCCCCCCCCCCCCCCACCCCUUUAACCAGACAAUGGACGCUCCCAUUUCCUUUAUUUAUUUCAUUCAAACAUGUAUUUAUUUUUUUUAUCUAUGUGAAUUGUAAUGUAUAAUCCCCCUGAUUUUCAAACUUUCUAGUGGAACUUGAAAAAAAAAAAAGAAGGAAAAGAAAAGAAAAAACACAUUUGUAUUCUCGAACUGAUGAAGAGCUGACGCAAGGAAAGAGAAAAGACGAAACCGCAUGACGAUGUCAGAAGCCAGUAUUGAUGAUGUCAUAGUGCUGACUGAUGAUGUCACGGCGUGUAUGUGUGUAUAUGUACAUGCGUCUGUUUUAAUUUUAGCGUGCCCGUGUGCGUGUAAAUCUCUGUCUUCUUCUUCUUAGGAAUGCAGAACCUCAUUUUUGACCACACUUCGGGUCGUGUCUUCAGCUCAUGAAGACGAUUUAAAGAACCCGAGUCACGGUCGUUACGUGUUCAUAUCAACUUGUGAUGAAAUUGAAAAGGCCUGUCGUCGUUUCAUUUAAAAUAAAAAAGUUUUAAAAGGGGGGGUGAGGACUUUGACCAAUCACAGCUUCUCUUGUUGAGCUACAUUCACCAAAGCGAGGACUUCUCAAACAUGGAAAUUUAACUUUAUUGAAGGCUUAUAUUGUGUCAAGUUUUUUGGUAUUUGAAUAGAAGUGAAAACAGCUGAGUGUGCCGUUUGUGACGUCACAAACCACUCGGUUGAUGAGUUUGUGUCGCUGCUAAAUAUGUAUCUUCAAAAAUGCAAUUUGUUUUCCAUGAAAAACCUGCUCACUUGUGCUCAUUUUUACCCGACAAAAGGUAGACCGUAUUAACAGCGUCUUAUUAACAGCGUGGCGUGGAGGAGAAUGUAUUGUGACUUGGAACUGAUGAAGGCUCUGUGGUUUUUACCAUGAAAACAUCUCAUUCACGUUUAAAAGGGAACGAGGCAA